CCCACUUCUUCUCCUCCGAGAUCCCGAUCCAGCCAUGGCGGAGGCCGCGUCCACCCCCGCCUCGCCGCCGGCCGCCGCGCCCGGAUUCCCCGACCUGUCCGUGCCCUACGAUCUGGCGACGCGCGGGCAGUGGAAGGCGCUGCUUUCCCACCUCGCGCCGGCCUCCCACGCGUCCCACCCGCACCACCGCCUCCUCCUCUCGGCGCUCUCCGCGCUCUCGCUCGCCAAGCUCCGCCGCUACCCGGACGCCGCCGCGCUCAUCGCCUCGCUCCACCCGGACCCGGGCUGCUCGCCGCCGCCGUUCCUCCUCCGCCUCCUCCACGCGCUCCUCCCGCUCUUCCUCCCCGACCGCCCGCUCGCCCUCGACCGCCUCUACACGCUCCUCUCCUCCGUCCGGGCCCGCCCCGACGCGGACCACCCGGAGUGGCGCCGCCGCGACGCCAUCGUCGCGUCCCUCCUCGCCGCCGACCACCUCGCCCACCGCGAGUUCGACGUCGCGCUCGCGCUCCUCGCGGGCGUCGCCGAGCGUGAGCCGGGCAACCCGGCGCUCCUCUCCCGCCUCGGGUACGCCCACCUCCAGAUCGGCAACCUCGCCGCCGCCGCGGCCGUGUUCCGCCACGUGGAGUCCGUGGCCGGCGACGGCCCCGCCCACGCCAGCCUCCUCGCCCGCAACCGCGCGCUGGAGUGCAUCGUGGGGAAGGACUUCGCCGCGGCGGUGCGGGAGUACGAGCGGUGCAUCGAGGCGGACCCCGGCGACGCGGUGGCGGUGAACAACAAGGCGCUCUGCCUGAUGUACUCGCGCGACCUCGGCGACGCGAUCAAGGUGCUGGAGGGCGCGCUGGAGAGCCACCCGACGGCGGCGCUCAACGAGACGGUGGUGGUGAACCUGUGCAGCAUGUACGAGCUCGCCUUCGUCAACCACGCCGACGUCAAGCGGAGCCUCACCGACUGGAUCGCCAGGGUCGCCCCCGACGACUUCGACCCCUCCUGCACCCGCAUGUAACUCUGCCGAAAAAUCCGCUCUGGAAUUCGCUUGAAUUUUCUCAAGCAUUCGCUGAAAUUUGGAUGUACAAUUUGGUUUAGCAAACAAUGGGUUUCACUUGAUGGACC